AUGCAAAGCGAAGGAGAAGAGCAGAGCAGCGAGAGCUCCUCCUCGGGCAACAGGACCAGCGGUUUCCACUCUCCGAACGGAUGGUACCUGCAGGAACUGCGCUACAGAAACUUUUGGCGCAAAUCUCAUCCAGCUCUGCAGCCAAAGGACACCUGGCAGGUCUACGAAAUCGAAGUGCCCAACACUGUUGUCGGGCUUCUCAUCGGCGUCAAGGGUAAAACCAUCCAGGUGUGCAAUGCAAACCGAAGAAUUUGAAUUCAAAGCUCAGCUCAAAAUUCGAAAAAAAAGUUUUUUUCAAUUUUCAGAAACGAAAAAAGUAACAAAAAAAUGACGAAUUAUUAAGUUCUUAACUUCCAGGAGCUGAGCUAUCGAGCCCAUGUGAUCAUGACCAUCCUUCCGCACAACAACCCAGAACUCACCGCUGAUUACCAAGUUUGCCAGGUGAAUUUUAUUAGAUUGAACCUCAAAAAAGUAGUGUUUCGAAACUUGCUGCGACUUCGAAAAUACAUGAAGCUCUUCAAAUAAGGUUCUAAGCUCUCCCGAAAGAUUCAUUUUUAAGAAAGCACCCUCUAGUAAAAGUGGAUUCGAUAGACAAAGUCUGCCCUGUGAAAGAAAUUUUUGUAGUUUCGGCGCCCCUGGAUUUGUAGUUUUCGUGUAUGCGGAGCCAAGAUGCAAUUUGAAUGUUUCGUGGCGAAUAGGAAUAAUCUCUUUCGUUGAGAAAUAUCUGACCCGGGAUACGAUAGACUGGGAAUUGAACUUACUUAGUCCUGCGCGAAGUUUUCAAUUUGGGGAUCUGCACUUUCGAAAAUUACAACUUUUAACAUGUGACCAUGCUCUUGAAGCUUGCGCAGGUAGUGGCUAUUUGGAUCAGACUCCUAGAUUAUAGAAGAUUGUUCAGGUGAAUCAAAAAUAAACCCAGAAGCCUAGAUAAAAAUAAUCCCUAUGUAGAGAAAAAAUUCGAGCUAAAACUGCAACUGAAGUUUCAGAAUAUAAUUUUCCUUCUCCAUGAAAAUUUUCAUCAAAGUAACUUCAGCUCCGUGGCGAAAGAGAGAACAUCAAUCGCGCCCUGCGUUUCUUGCGGCAGCGCUACCCGGAGAACCGUUUUCCAGACCUCGACCUCAAGCGCGUGUUGGCUCCCAGUUUCUCUCUCGAAGGACUUGUACGAAACACUCAGCGUAUCAGCUUUGUAA